AGCGGGGAAAAUAAAAUAUAUCAGCGUACAGCAACACAUCACCACCAAUGUUCCUCUAUCUCCCCUCCUCAUCCUCCCUCUUCCUCCUAUGCCUUCUCUUCUUCCUCCACCACUCCCCUCCCGUCGCCGCCAAGGAACUCCACUACCAAAUUUGCGGCGACACCAACUACACAGCCAACAGCACCUACGAGACCAACCUCAACAUCCUCUUCACCUCUCUUGUCUCCAACGCCUCCCUUUCCGGUGGCUUCUCCAGCGCCGUGAUCGGCCAGUCUCCCAACCAGACCUACGGUCUCGCCAUCUGCCGUGGCGACGACAACGCCUCCCUAUGCCUCUCCUGCCUCCAAACAGCCUCCCGUGACAUCGUCCGCGUCUGCCCCUAUAAGAUCGAAGCAGUCAUCUUAUACGACCAGUGCCUCCUCCGCUACUCCAACGUCUGGUCCCUAGCGACAACAGAGGCGACGAAGCGAAUCAUGCUGUCGAAUAUCUUCGAGAUAACAACGGACCGUCCCCUGUUCGAGAAGCUACGGGACGAGCUUCUGAGUGCUAUAGCCGAUGCCGCCGCAUACAACACGACGAGGAAGUUCGCCACCGGGGAGGUCAACUUCACGACGGACUUCCCGACGAUUUACGGCCUGGUGCAGUGCACGCCAGACUUGUGGGCAAGCCAGUGCCGGCAGUGCCUUCAGGAUUCGUUCAAGUGGAUACAGACGAACUUUCCUUGGGCGCAGGGGGCAAGGGUGUUAGAAGUGCGCUGCUAUUUCAGAUACGAGGUCUACCUGUUCUAUGACGGGCCGUCCAUGAUAAAGCUUGGUUCGCCGGCGCCGGUGCCAGUGCCUCCCUCUGCAAACCCUGCUAGAGAGAAAGGAAACAAGAAGAAUGUAACAGGAAUUGUUCUUAAAAUUGCCAUACCUCUAGUGUCAUCAUCCUUGCUAAUAUCCAUCACCUGCAUUUGCUUUUGGACAAGGAGGAAGUCGGCAAAAAAUUUACUCCUAGACGAAGACAACCUGGAGGAGAUCACUCAUGCUGAGUCACUAUUAAUUGAUCUAUCUGUGCUAAGAGCUGCAACCGCCAACUUCUCUGAAGAAAAUAAACUUGGAGCAGGUGGUUUUGGUGCAGUUUACAAGGGAACACUACCCAACGGGCAAGAAUUUGCAGCAAAGAGGUUAUCAACAACAUCGAGACAAGGACUAGCAGAGCUAAAAACUGAACUAGUUUUAGUUGCCAAGCUCCGGCACAAAAAUCUUGUAAGGCUUCUGGGUGUUUGCUUGGAAGAGCAAGAGAAGUUGCUUGUCUAUGAAUAUGUGCCUAACAGAAGUCUGGAUACCAUCCUUUUUGAUCCUAUGAAACAUGAACAGCUACACUGGGCAAGAAGGCACAAGAUCAUCCAUGGAAUUGCUAGAGGCCUCCUAUACCUACAUGAAGAUUCUCAGCUAAAAGUUAUACAUCGGGAUUUAAAAGCCGGCAACAUAUUAUUAGAUGCAGACAUGAACCCUAAGAUUUCUGAUUUUGGUUUGGCUAGGCUUUUUGAUGCAGACCAAAGCCAGAGCAUCACAACCCGAGUAGUUGGAACAUUUGGAUAUAUGGCACCAGAGUAUGUUAUGCAUGGGAAGUUUUCAAUUAAGUCAGAUGUAUACAGCUUCGGCGUGCUUGUUUUAGAGAUCAUAACAGGCAGGAAGAACAGUGGCUUCUCUAAUUCAGAAAGUGGAAUAUAUCUUCUGACCUAUAUAUGGGAGCAGUGGAACAAAGGAACAGUUUUGGAGAUCCUGGACCCAUGUUUAUGCAGCAGUUGCCCGACAACUGAGGUGCUAAGAUGCAUUCAGAUUGGACUAUUGUGCGUUCAGGAGAAUCCAUCUGAUAGACCUGAUAUGUCGACAGUCGUUAUGAUGCUCAACAACGAUGCUGUUUCUAUCCCUGCUCCUUCCAGACCAGCGUUUUGCAUUGGACAGAGUGUCAUAGAUUCAAAUGCUAAUUCAAAUGAAUUUGAUGUACGUGGUGGUAUAUGCAACCGAUAUUUGGAUAGGUUGACACCGAUGUCACUAAAUGAGGUGUCAAUUACGGAACUUGAACCUAGAUAAACAUAAAAAUGCAAAGUAAAUGAGGUGGUGUAAAUAUUUGAGGAAGGUUGGUGGCUAAUAUCUUUAAAGACUAAAAUCUUUGUAUAGAGCUUAAAGACUUUGAGACGUGGAUCCUCUGAAACAUUGGAAAACCAAUGUGUAUGUCCCAUAUAUGUCUUAUAUCAUUCCAUAGUCUGAUAAGCUUUGCCUAA